UAAGUUAGUUAACUUCGCAUGACAGUGUGCGCGGGAUAACAUGCGGUGAAAAUGUGGUUUUCGCGAAAUUAAUUAUUUGUAAAUAUUUUUAAAAUCGUGUAAAAUAGUUAAUUUUAUUGCGAUCGUUACCAACUAGAAUUUUUUCACUUCAUCUUCGAUAUCACCAUGGGUAAACCAAGCUUCGAACGUGGAGGCGGUGGACGCGGCGGCGGCGGCGGUGGUUUUAAUCGAAACUCAUUCGGAGGCAGAGGAGGCGGCGAUCGUAACAGCGGCGGUGGCCGAGGAGGUUUCGGAGGAGGCCGUGGUGGUCGUGGUGGCGGCGGCGGCUUCGGUGGAGGUCGAGGAGGCGGUGGUCGUGGCGGCGGCGGUCGUGGCGGUUUCGGUGGUCGAGGCGGCGGUGGUCGUGGAGGCGGCGGUCGAGGCGGUGGAGGUCGUGGAGGCGGCGGCGGAGGUAAAUUCAAAGGUGGAAAAACGGUCAUCAUCGAACCUCACAGACACGGAGGUGUAUUCAUCGCUAGAGGCAAAGAAGACGCUCUGGUCACUCGUAACAUGGUGGUCGGCGACUCGGUCUACGGUGAGAAACGUAUCGUUGUCGAGAACGAAGGCGAAAAAGUCGAAUACAGAGUGUGGAAUCCGUUCAGGUCGAAGUUAGCCGCCGCUAUUCUAGGCGGUAUCGAAGAAAUACACAUGCCACCCGGUUGUAAAGUAUUGUAUCUCGGUGCCGCAUCCGGUACGACCGUAUCUCACGUAUCCGAUAUCGUCGGACCCGAAGGUUUAGUUUACGCCGUAGAAUUUUCUCACCGUUCCGGACGUGAUUUAUUGAACGUAGCUAAGAAAAGGACUAAUAUUAUUCCAAUUAUCGAGGAUGCCAGACAUCCGCUCAAGUACCGUAUGCUAGUCGGAAUGGUCGACUGUAUUUUCGCCGACGUCGCGCAACCAGACCAAGCUAGAAUCGUAGCCAUCAACGCGCAACACUAUCUGAAGAAUAAUGGUCAUUUUGUGAUAUCCAUCAAAGCUAAUUGUAUCGACAGUACCGCCGAACCAGAGGCAGUCUUUGCCAACGAAGUGAAAAAAUUACAAGCCGAUAAACUGAAACCGAAAGAGCAACUUACUCUCGAACCUUACGAGCGUGAUCACGCUGUUGUCGUAGGUGUCUAUAGAUCAGCUGCUGCUAAGAAAUGACCGUCGACCUGCAGAAUAAUUAUUAUUUUUACAAAUUUUGUCUAUUUUUAAGAAGUUUUAUUGUCUAUGUCAACAAUAAAGUGUUUCAUUUUUAUAAA